AUAGAAACUUGUAGAAAAAUAAGCUUUCGGGCAACGACAUUAACGGUAGACACAAGGGGAAUACCCUUCUAAACACGAUGCCUGCAGUAAAUUUGUGAUCGCAUCAUGCCACCUGCACGCCGUAUAAAAAACGCCUCGCUUUUUAGUUAGCAGCAUUAACGCAGACGGAGGACAUAUUAUGGAUACGUCGAUCAUGGUCUGUCUGGUACUACUUUUCACCUUCGCGGCCUCGGUGGUCGCGAUGAACUCAACGGGGGACGCCUGUGGUGUGUGCGAGUGUAUCGAGCAUCUGCACGCCGUCAUAUGUACGGGCAAAGGCCUCAGAGAACUACCCUCGGGCAUCCCCAAUGACACUGUGUCGCUCGAACUGGGAGACAAUUUCUUGCAUGAGAUACCUUAUGAUAGUUUGCUGGAAUUCAAGUCCCUGAUCAAAAUAAACUUAACCAACAACUUGAUCGAGAAACCCUUUGGAUUGCCGGAGUCCGUGAAAUUUCUUCAUGCGGAAGGGAAUCGACUACAAGACAUUAAGCCCAUCGUGAAAAAUGGAAUCCACCUCAAAUCAGUGUAAGUGCGGUGUUCGGUUAUACCCGAUUUAUCAAAGUCAAUAAGGAAGCUGUAGUUUGAAGCUUUUAAGCAAGCGGAAAUUCGGAGAAACACGCUUAAGAUAUCGAGACAUGCAUAUUUCUGGCUGUUUCAAGGCGCUAUUUUGGAGCCAACGUGUUUCGCAAAAUCCAUCCCCCA